UCCCCCUGUCCCCAUCAUUUGGUGUCACUCCGGAUCCUUCCCGAGCGCGUCCCUGACCCCGCGGCUGCCCCCGGCAGGUGUCGCGCCUGUCGCGCCUGUCGCGGCUGUCGCGCCUGUGGCGGCGUGGCCGUGUGGCCGUGUCGCGGCUGUGGCGGUGUCGCGGCCAUGGCGGGGCUGCUGCCGGCGCUGGUGGCGGUGUCGCAGAAGGCGGCGGAGGUGGCGCGGCUGUGCCGGGCGGAGGAGCCGCUCUUCCGGCUCCUGGUGGCCGAGAAGACGGGCCCGGAGCGCAGCGCCCGCUUCGCCCGCGACUUCAAGACGCUGGCGGAUGUCCUGAUCCAGGAGGUCAUCAAGCACGACCUGGGGACACAGUUCCCCGAGCUCCGCGGCCACAUCCACGGGGAGGAGACCAGCGAGUUCAGGGACGCGCAGGGUGGCACGGUGACAGUGCGGGUCUGUGCCACCCCGGGGGACACGGUGGCCCUGCUGCUGGCCGUGCUGGGCCCCGAGCAGACGAGGGCGGCCGAGCUGCUGGCAGAGGCCGUGCACAAGGAGGUGACACUUGGGGACACGGAGCUGGAUGGCAUCGACCCCGGAGUGUCCCCAGGGGACCUGGGAAUCUGGAUAGACCCCAUUGACUCCACCAACGAGUUCAUCGGGGGGCGCGAGGACGUGGCCGCCGUGGAUGGCAUCGCCCCCGGGGGGCUGCGCUCGGCCCUGGUGCUUGUGGGGGCCUUCGACCGCCACAGCGGGGUCCCCGUGCUGGGGGUCAUCAACGAGCCCUUCUUCCAGAGGGACCCCCAGACCCACAGGUGGCAGGGUCGCUACCACUGGGGGGUGGCGCACGGCGACACCCGGCUGUGCUCGCUGUCCCCUCCGGUGCCCCGGCCGUGUCCCCGCGUGGUGCUGAGCCGGGCCGAGGGCGCAGCGGUUCGGGGGGCUCUGGCCUCGCUGGGGGGGGGUCCCCCUCUUUUCGCCGCCGGGGCCGGCUACAAACUGCUCUGCGUGGCGCUGGGGCUGGCGGACGCCUUCGUGCUGUCGCAGGCCACCACCUUCGCCUGGGACUCGUGCGGCCCGCACGCCAUCCUGCGGGCCCUGGGCGGCGGCGUGGUGGCCUUGGCGGGGGCGCUGCGGGCACGGCGGGAGGGGGGCGCCGGGGACCCCCCCGAGCUGCGCUACCACCGGCCCGAACCGGGCCGGGCCGGGCCCGAGCGCUGGGCGAACCGGGAGGGGCUGGUGGCGUUCGUGCACCCCCCGCACCUGCGGGCGGUGCUGGGGGCGCUGGGGGGGCUGGGGGACAUC